AUGAAAAUUUCAGAAGUAAAAAGUACAACGCGUGAACAGCGCAUUGCACCUCAUACACAUAUUAAGGGGCUUGGUUUAAAUGACGAAGGAAGAGCAUAUCAGCAAGCUGACGGGUUCGUUGGUCAAAAUUCAGCAAGAGAGGCAUGUGGUAUUAUUGUGGACUUGGUAAAAAGUAAAAAAAUGGCCGGCCGCGCUUUACUUUUAGCUGGCGCUCCAGGUACUGGUAAAACCGCGAUAGCCCUCGCCAUAGCUCAAGAGCUUGGUCCUAAAGUUCCAUUUUGUCCAAUGGUUGGUAGUGAAGUAUAUUCUUCAGAAGUUAAGAAAACGGAAGUUUUAAUGGAGAAUUUUCGAAGGGCUAUAGGAUUAAGAAUUAAAGAAACUAAAGAAGUGUAUGAAGGUGAAGUGUUGGAACUUACACCCGAAGAAACAGAAAAUCCAUUGGGUGGUUACGGUAAAACUUUGUCACACGUGACCAUUGGAUUAAAAACAGUUAAAGGAGUAAAAACAUUGAAAUUAGAUCCAAGUAUUUAUGAGAGCAUUCAAAAAGAAAAGGUUACCGUUGGAGACGUUAUUUACAUUGAAGCUAAUACUGGUGCUGUAAAGCGUGUUGGCAGAUCCGACGCUUAUGCUACUGAAUUCGAUUUAGAAGCUGAUGAAUACGUUCCGCUUCCGAAAGGAGAAGUGCAUAAAAAGAAAGAAAUCGUUCAGGAUGUUACAUUGAAUGACUUGGAUAUCGCAAAUGCUCGGCCUCAGGGUGGGCAAGAUAUUAUGUCAAUGAUGGGUCAAUUAUUGAAACCAAAAAAGACUGAAAUCACAGAUAAGUUAAGAAAAGAGAUCAAUAAGGUGGUCAAUAAAUAUAUAGAUCAGGGAAUUGCCGAGCUAGUUCCAGGCGUUCUGUUCAUAGAUGAGGUUGAUAUUUACAUUUUGAUUAUACUUUCACGAACAAAUGGACGAGAACUUAUCACAUUGGAAGAUCUUAAAGAAGUGGAUGAAUUGUUUUAUGAUGCCAAAUCAUCUGCUAAAAUUCUCGCUGAGUAUCAAGCGCGAUAUGUUUCAUGA